AUGGCGAUGGAAGCGUCCCCCUGUCAGACAUCGUGUGCCUCGAGCCGACAGGACAAUGGCGCUUUUCACUCUCCAUGCAAACACACGAGCGGCGAGGCAAGUACUCAAGCAAAAGAUGGGGAAGGGGCUCCACCGCAGCCGUCACCCGACUCGAGGCACACCUGCGUGGCACCCACGUGCAUCCCUCUCUUCUCGCCCGCGUUUCGCCCUACUGGCAAACCCUGCGCCUGCGGGCCUCGCGCCGCGGCACCUCUCAGCGCGUCGCCGACACCCCGAGAGACCGGCGUCUCGGCCGGUCGAGAAGGAGACACCGGCGCAUUGCUUCCCGAACGCGCCGUCAGGAGAUAUCUGCUUCGAAGCAGCGAAGACUCGUCGCUACACCUGUCGCCGACAUGUUGUUCCAUGGGCAUUCCCUCUGCCACGUCGCUCGCCGCCGAGAGAAGGCUGCCUCGUCGGCCGCCCCCCACUGAAGUGUCUCCUCUCCCGGCGAGGCUGCUGCCGCGGACCGAGAGACAGACAGCCCUCGCGCCGAAGGCCCGCGCCUCUGGGGCCUGGCUGGAACACAGCGCGCCCGAGCCGGACGCCGAGGCCGACGGCCUGAGAGAGCGGAGUUCGAAGGCUCCCGUUGGAAGCUUGGAGCCCAACAGGCCUGAGGGAGGGGAUGCGGAGACCCACGCUCGUCCGUCGGGCGAUGUGACGGCGGUCGCGUCGCCCAACAGACCCCGGCCCGUCUCCGCGCCGACGCCCUGGGCGAAGAGUGGCUCUCGAAGCUGGGACGUCUCUUACUCCUGCCUCCAGGCACGCCCACGGCAGAGCGCCGGGGACCGGCUACCGCAGCGGGCGCAAGCCCUGCUGAGUUCGCUGAAUCAGAGAGAGAAAAGAGCAGAGAAAAACCCUCCCUUCCGCUUCGAGCCUAUCGACAGGCUUCCACAGCGCAGGGCCUCAGCGAGCGGGGCGACUCGGACCGGCGAUCGAGUCUUACUUGAGGCCGACCAGAGAGCGCUCCAAGCUGAGCUACGACGGCAACUCGCGGAGAGAGCGCUGAUGGAUGCGGAAGGGCCGCGCCACCAUGAGCGCCUGCGGCUGCUUGACGAGGCUUCGCGCUUCCACAAAGCCGCGCUCUCGAAGCUCGGGCCCUUGAAGGGUCUGAUCAAGGAGCUGGACGCCACCUUCGAGAUGGUGACGUCUCGCUUUCAAACUAACGCUUCGUUUCUCAUUCCUUCGCCGUCCGCUCCGCCGUUCGCUCCACUCCACUGCGCUGAUCCUCGCGACGCGUCGCCUCCGCCUGCGUCUUCUGCGCGCUCUCACACUAGCAGUCAAACGCCGACGCCCCGUCCGUCUGCACCGCCCUCGUCGUCGCCCUUUUCUGCUCUUUUGUCCUCUUCUUCCGCAUGUGUCACGCCCUCUGCGGCCUCGGCUCCGCUCGACUCUCCGCCUCGCGAGGAGGCGCAGGCUUCCACUGGGUCAGCGGGCUCGCCGCCGGUGCCUUUUCUGAGCCGCCUGCAGCCUCCGCCAGCGCGCGAGUCCUCACCCGCGCGCCUCGCCCUCUCUCGAGGCCGGCGCAACCCCUUGGCGCCGGCCUGCGACUCCGAUCUGCGCAGAGAGGCGCGGAGGGCAUCUGAGGACGCAAGGCUCGUCGCGGUUGAACGCGAGGAGGACGCGCUCGGCGGCGAAGGUCACAUGCACUCGCCGUGGGUCCUCGCGCAGCUCGCGGAGUUGCAGGAGGGAGAGGAAGCGCAACGACGCAGACAAGGAGACAACGAAGCGGACGCGCGGGAGGAGGCGCAGCGGCGGAAGGUCAAAGAGGGAUUCGAGUUUUUUCGUCAAGUCCGCGAGAAGCUCAGGCAGCUCGCGCGCGCGCCUGACGCCUCCGCCGGCGCCUUUUUUGCGUCCGUGAGAAGCCUCGAGGAGCACGUGAAGGCGCGCAACCUUUCUUCUCGCGCGCGAAACUCUUCUUCUUCCGCCUUGUCUGCGCUUCCUGCUUCGCCUCGCAUGUCCGCGCCGCCGCUUGCGCGCUGCAGCGGAGAGCUCGGCGUGACGCCGCCGGUCCUGUGGUUACGGCAGACGCUCUUCCGCGAGAUGGUGCUGCCUUCUGAGAGCGUUCGAAGGAAGUAUCUGAGUCUGGUGCACCCGCGCCUGUGUCUGCCGUCAAAGGGACCCGCGGCCCGCGCUUCGCUUCUCGCCAAGGAGCGCGGGAACUUCUGCCUCAAGCGUGCCUCCGCCCUCGCGAGGACAAUGAGGAAUUCGCUUUCAUGCGCCUCCCUCCCCUCGAGCUGCACGGCCGGUGCCGCAGCCGCUUCGCGUCUACGCGGCCGGAGCUCGCCGUGCUGGUCGUCUCUCUCCGGUCUUCUAUCGCCCUCAUUUGGCCCCCGAGACAGCCUCCGCCCAACCGCAGCCGCUGCGGCGGACACGAGGCUGCCUCAGGCGCUCGCUUCGCCCUCGUCUUCGCCGUGUUUUUCCCCCCCCCACGGUGUACGUACCCCCCACGUCGCGGCGUCCCAAUCGGCUCCACCACGAGGCGCAUCCGUCUCGAAGUCGUUUUCCUCCGCGCCCGCGGGCCGCGGCGCAGGAAGCGAGGUCUGCAGUUUGCGAAAGCGAACGGCGACAAGUCACGACACAACGGGCGACAUGGAAACGAGGCUCGCUCGCGCUCGCCGGCAGAUCGCGCAGACCCUCGAGGCGCAUCGGCAGAGGGAUCCCGAUGUCGACACAGUCCUGCUCAACCUCCAGGAGCUGAGGCCGGAUGCCACAGCGGAGGACUUUCUGCGCGACAUCCGCUUCGCCCUGCGGCACCUGCUCGCGGAGACAGGCGCGGGAGCCCGCUGGGCGGUCGCCGCCGUUGAGCUCCUCGUCAAGAGCCUGAUCGUCACCCUGGACUGCGAGCUCGCCUCCCACCAGACCUACAUGCACCAGCUGGAGCACCUGUUGCUGGCGCACCAGAGUCGCGACGCCGAGCUCCUCGCACUCGAGCUGCGGAAUCGCGAGCUCUGCUGUCUCGUCGAUUCCACCAAGCGCCUCAAGCAGGAAGAAGUGGAGAAACACGAGAAGGCGCAGGCCGUCUUUCGCAGCAAAAUCGCAAAGCUGGUAGACGAAGUCGCUCGCCUCACCCCCAACGAGGAGGUUGUCGAGAGGACGCGCGAUCUGAUGAGCGACGUGGCGAAGGCGCUGGAAACGCAGAAGAGCGAAACUCUGCAGCAGCAGGAACUCCUCGAGGCCCUCCGGCACACGCUGUGCGCGCUCGCGGUCGGCGAGGAGAGGCCGAUGGAGGCCCUCAGAGACAAGGCCGCUGGGCGCCUCGUCGAGCUGACGAACGGCGAGCUGGAGAUUCGGUCAGUCGACACGAAGGACGCUGCAACGCUCGUCGUAGCAGAAGACCUCGGCGAUCCCGAUUACUGCAGCCCCGUGAAGCUCCGCUGGCUACUGCUGCGGCAGAUUCUCCUCGCGCACAGAGGCGAGGAUCCCGUCUCGCUGUCCAUGUCGGAUCUUGUCGCGCAUAUCGAGCGCAUCUACGAUUUCAAAACUUCUGUUGAGUUCUCGGCACCUCCCGCGCCCGCCUCCGCUCCUUCUGCUUCAGAGGGGCCUGCGGUUUUCGGCGCGCGGCUCUCGCUGCUCGAGGCCUGGCUCGAGUUCGAGGUCGAGGAAUUCGGCUUCGUGUCGCAGGGAGAGAAGAAAGUCGCGCACAUCCUCGCCACGCUUCUUGGCCUGCUUCGUGCGGCGGGUGGCAGGACUGAAGGCCUUCCAACGGAGGUCAAACUGUUUGCCAGGUUUCUGGGGCUCUGCGAGCUCACGGUCUUUUAUCCGCCGCCGCUCCUCAGCGUGUUUCUCGGCGUGCGCCAGCAGUGCAUGCGGUGGCGCCGAGAGAGGCUUGCCAGCCUCGCGUCGCAGCUGCGCCUGAGGCAGGCGAGCCGCGAACGGAGGCGGGAACUCGAGCGCCAGCAGCGCAAAGUCCUCGAGGAAGUCAUGAAGGAGACGCGUCUCGAGAUCCUCUCAAAGACACAGCGACCCGCCGAGCGCGCAUCAGGCCUGUCGCGGCCGCCUUCGUCGACCGCCAGCGAGGCCCGCGACCCUCGCUCGCCGCCAAUCCCGCGCCCUCUCGAGUCGGCAGCGCUUCGCCAGCGACUUGCGCAGGCGUCCGCGGGCUCGCCGCUUGGCGCGCAAAAGGCCAGGCCUCGCUCCGCGCUGUCGGCUGCUUCCUCCUCCUCUGCCUCAGCGGUCCCUUCCGCUGCGUCUUCUUCCUCUGCGCCUCGCUCUCUGGCUGAGACUCCAUCGGCUGCCGUCACCGCGCCUGUCGAGCAACCCGAAAGACGCGCAGAAGCGGAGGAAGCAGACGACGGGGGAGAGGACGACCGCGACCUUGCGGCGCCUCCUCCGCACCUCGUCGCCGCGAGCGCGGGGUUCGCCGCGGCUGUGGAGGGUCUGAGGGGCUUGCCCCCGAGUCACUGGCCUUCCCUUCUCAACACGCUGGCGAUGCAAGUCGUGCGCUGGUCGCCCUCCGCUCCCUCGGUUUCGCCGUCCGCCGCGGAGUCUGCCGCCGAGACCGCAGGGCGACGGCGCGCAGACGAGGCCGUGGAGCGUUCCUGGUCGCUGGAGGCGAGCGAGGGCGCCGCGUCCCGAGACAUGAAGGAAAAGCUCAUGCGGGCGUUUCUGCGCGAAGCAUUUUGCAAAGAGUUCGCCGCCGUCUUGGAGCAGAAGGUGAAAGAGGCCAAACUCCGCCGACGAAAGCAGAAUCUGCAGAGCGUGAACAUCUGCCUCGAGCUGUCGCACGCACAAGUUGAGGCGGUGCUGGACAGGACUGGACUUCGGCUGCCGGGCGACGUCUGGAAGCCGCUGUUGGAUCCUCUUUCCACUGGUCAGGUGGAACUAACCGAGUGCAUUCUGUGUGAAGCGGACUCGCCCCCCGAGCGGCGGCAGGGACUCCUGGAAGACGCGUAUCUGCCUUUGACAGACCUGCUCGAGGCCGUCGUAGAGGCGUACACUGCCGCGUUCAAAGAGAGCAUGGAGACGCCUCUGAGUCGCUUCCGGUCCGCGGUGGAAGCGAAAGGCUCUUCGCGCUUUUCGCGCGCAGAGUUCCGUCGAAUUUUGAAAACGAUCGACGCGGGAGCGACGGUAGCGGCUUCCAACGCCCUGUUUGCAGAGUGCCGUCGCCUCCGCGCCGCCUGCACAGUAGACUCCGAAGUAACGUCUUUGAGAUCAAGGGAAUUCCUCGAUUUCGUUGAAGACGCGAUUCCUGAAGACGUCUUCUACGUUGCGUCGCUCUCCCAGGGUCACUUCUUCGCACCCACCCUAGCCCUCAGAGGCCUCGCAGAGAAAAACUUCAUGACUGUCCGCGAAGUGAGAAAAGCACCAGGCGUGUACCGUCGGCGCCCGCUCCGCGUCACCAUCCGGCCGUCUCCCUAG